AUGGCGACGAACAUCCCCGCAGUCGCAACAACGCUACAGCGCCGGUCCGUAGGCUUUAUCGUACGUCACGGCUCUGCCGUUGGGGCAAAGCAGAUAGAAAAGCCUUCCGACGUCGCAAGAUACAUAGGUAAGGUGGCCAAGGAACUCGGAGCAGAUGAACGGAAAAAACACGUACCUCAAUGCGCUCAGCUUGUGGACUCAAUGUGUAGAAACAUAACGCAGUAUACCGCUAUGGAAGUCAGGGCUGUGGCGCACGGAAUGCCAAUCAUAUUCGGGGCGGAUAUCAGCAGCGCCUGGUUGCAGGCCAUAGCGACAUUUGCACUAAAACGUGCUCACAUGAUGCCGGUGUACCUCCUAUAUCCGAUAGUCAACAGUCUCUGCAGGAUGGCCAAACACGAAAGGGACGUACCCGUCGACCAAAUGCUGGCCGUAUGCCGCGAACGUGUGGCUGAGGCCAAUUCCAUAGACCUUGCAACCAUAGCGCAGACUGCAACGCUAUUGAAACGAAGUCGUGAAAUUUUGGAACUCAUGAACGCCGUCGCUGACGCGGCAACAUCGGAAACUAUACUCGAAGGAAUCUCCACGACCAACGCCGUAUUGAUACUGUACUCCUUCGGUCAAAUGGGCAUCAGGCACAAGAAACUCUACCAAUCGAUGACGCAGAUAAUAACAAAGAUGGAACAUGACGACUUUCAGUCGCACCUCAUUCCCAUUGCACUACACGCGCUUGCCAAAUUCGGCAACUGUGACCGCAAUGUGCUGGAGACAAUAGCCAACCACGCAAUCAAGGUUGCCAACAACAUGCAACCCGAAAACGUCUCCGGCACUGUCUGCGCGUUGGCGAAACUCAAGUUUAGGCAUUCGUUGCUGCUCAGGGAAAUGGCAAAACGCACAAGGGAGCUCAUGUCAGACAUGAACCUGAGGGAGAUGUUAUGUAACCGCACAGGCAACAUCCUCUGGGGAUUCGCGAAGCUUAGGCAUAGCGACGAAGAUCUUAUAGAUGAAAUGAUAGGUGGGGACAGAUGCGCGCAGUACCCGCGAAUAGACAACAUGUCGUUCGCGCAGAUUUUCGAGGCGCUCAGAUGUUACCACGCAGUGCACAAAGCAUACUCAAACGCAGCCGUUGUGAAGGCCCUGCUGCCGAGGUACAUCGAGGUCAUGCCGCAGUGCUCCACGCAGAUUGUAACGCAGGUCGCAUGGUGUUGCUGUAGCCUGGGCUGCAACGACUGCGGAAUCAUAGUUCAAUCGCUCGAUGUGCUCAAGUCUAGGAAACGCACAAAAGUUGAACAGAAAUACGUAAACAUGCUCCUAGAUGCGCUCAAACAUGCUCCCAUGGAACCAGAGGAGAUUCUAACACACUACGAGAAGGAACUGAGGACAUCGGGCACUGACGGCGAAUAG